CACGAAUGGCCGACCGAGAAACAGAGAACAGGGAAGGAUGAAGGAUAACAAUCGAGAGCAUUAAUUCGGCAAGUGAGAAAACCAAGAAAAAUGUCGGUGCCAGAAGAUAAUUUGGCAAUGCCCGACAGCACGACACGAGAACAGCGACUUGGUUUUUCUCACGGUGAAGACGUACUUCUACAACACAAAGAUGGAAAGUAUUAUCUCGGUACGAUUGUUGAAGUGGACUUGGUACAAGAAAGAUGUUUGGUUAAAUUUCUUGACAAUACUUCUUCAUGGUCAAGUGUAAAAGAAUUAACCAAACUUGGGAUACCGGAUUCAAAUGUCAUGUGUGUGUUGUGUAAAAAAUUUAAGCCCAAGCCAGAUAAUGAUAUUAUUGUUUGUGACAAAUGCGGACGUGGUUAUCACCAACAUUGUCACAAGCCUCAAGUAUCUAAAGAAGAAGCCAACGCAGAUUCACACUGGAAGUGUAAGAGAUGCCAAGAAAAUAUACUCAAGACAACACGUGAUGGUCCUGAUCCAAAGAAUUCAAUGAUCAAAGCUAACAUUAGAAAAGUUUGCAGUGGUAGAGAUCAACCUCAGCCACCACCUGAAGACAUGACAAAAUUACCUUAUGAUCCUGAAAUGUUAAGUUGGGAUUCACAUCAUCGAGUUAAUGCUGAACAAAUAUAUUGUUAUUGUGGAUUAAAUGGCGAGUGGUACACACAAAUGUUACAAUGCGCUAGGUGUAAGCAGUGGUUCCAUGAAAAAUGUGUCAGCUGUUUGACAUAUCCUCUCUACAGUGGCGACAGGUUUUAUGUAUUUGUGUGUUCAACGUGCAAUUACGGUAAAGAAUUUGUACGACGACUAGAAUUAAAAUGGGUCGAUCUCGUGCACCUGAUGUUGUACAAUUUGACCGUAUAUAAUGCUAAAAAGUAUUACGAUUUGGACACUAUUAUUAUACCAUACGCUGCUGAAAAUUGGAAUUUAUUACAACUGCCAUCGAGGAUCAGAGAUGUUACCGCUCAAGUUCGUCGAGAAUCAAUACUCUCAAUAUUAACAAAUAAUCGAAAUAGAUUUAAAUGUGGCCGUGAAAUAAAAAAACGUACAACUAUUUGGGGUUUGAGAGUUAGAUUACCGCCACCAUGUCCAGUAGUUAAUUUACCAGUUACUGGAAUCAUUGAUGAUUCUGUUUUACGUCGUUGUUGGGGAGCUAAUAAAAGACUGCAAUAUCUUCCACCUCCUGGUCCAGUAAUAUUUACUGAAAGUCCUAAAACGAUAAAUACAACGAAUCAAGAAAUUACUACCCCAGUAACUGAAACUACUGUUGUAAGUCCUUCGGAUAUUGUCACAGUGGGAACAGUAUUAUCGAAAACUAAUGCUAAUCAAAGUACAUGUCCAACACCAAGUACACUUAAUCAAUCAACAGAAUCUCUUCGUGAAAGGUAUAGUGGUGGUGGUUUUGUUAAAAAAUCAUUUCCAUUUCCAAAAUUAAGUUUACAAAGACGUCAACGUUUAAUGGCAUUAAAUAGUACACGUGAACGUAUGAUACGCAAACAUAAGAAACGUGAUAAAGGCUGUGACGAUACUAAAAGUCAAAUAGUACGUGAAGCGAGAUAUAAAAAAGCUAGAAAAUUACUAAAAAAUGCCAUUGCUAAGAGAAAACCACGUACACCAGAAGUACCAGAUUUACCACCAACACCUCCAACAUCUGUAUCAGGACCACCAACACCACCAGCAACAGCAUCAUCAGCAAUAAGUGAAUUGUCAGUACCAAGUUCUGUUGACUUAAUGUUGAAUCUUCCUCAACCAUCAACAACACCCGCAGAUACCAGUGGCGAUGAAACAAGUUCACGUGGUACUCUAGAUUCAUUUAUACCACCGCCAAAAGAUUUUGAAGGGAAAAAUAAUCCAUUUCGUAAUCUCAGUGAAAUGUUGAGUACACCAACAAAUCAAAAUCACAUAGCAGGAAAUAAUUUAGCACCUGGUAUAUCAAGUACACCAUUACCUUACAAUCAUCAUCACCAUAAUCAUCAUCAUCAUCACCAUCAUCAUAACAAUAAUAAUUAUCACAAUAAUUAUCAGCCACCAAUCACACUUCCUCUUCCAUUGACACCAGUAAUACCACAGCCACCGUUGAUACGUCCAGCGAAACGUCAACUGUCAGAGAAGGAUAUUAUCAUCGAUCGUAAUGGACAAGUAAAAAGACGUAGACAACAUCGCCGUGGUCGUCCGCCUUCACAGCCUCAGCAAUUUCAAACAACAACAGCAACUGCUAGUAAAACGGCUGCCAUAUUGCCAGCACGUAACAGUGAAGUUAAAAAUGACUAUGUUAGAAAUUUGAGAAGUUCAUUUAAUAGUUCCUCGAGCAGCAGUACAAGUCAGAUUGGUAAUUGUGUUGACUAUGCGUUGAAUGGCAGACGUUUAAGACAACGUGUUACUGAUAAGUCAUCAAGUGUCGGUGCUUCGUCAGCUGACGCUCAAAAGAGAAAUAAUUUAUCGAUUUCCAUGUCCAUGGCCAUGCCAUCAACGUCUGCGUCAACGUCACUGUCAUUAUCACUGUCACCAAAAGUAUCUCCCAUAAAACAAACAACUCCUGAUAUUUCAAUGGAUGAUUUAAAAUCUUCUGUUAAUAUGUACUUUGGCGCGGCAAAUCGCAUUGCGUCUGGUGAAAAAUUCGGUGUUAAAGCUAAAAGAUUAAGUAAAAGUGGUCAGUUGCAGUAUCUAAUUGAAUGGGAAGGACCUAAUACAUAACGGUAAUUUUUUUAUUGUUUCUCGACUCGUAUAUUUAAUAAAUAAUAUUCUUUUUUUUUUCAUUUAUUAUUAUUAUUAUUCAUUUAUUAUUUUUUUAUUACUAAUUAGUUUGUGAUUUACAAUCUACGAUUGCGGUAUUUUGUUCUUUUUUUUAUUCAUUUUUAUCAUUAGAUUAUUAUAAAUAUUUUUAAUUAUUUAAAUAGUUUAAAAAUAAUUAUAAUUUCAAAUGCUUCGUAGCUCUGGUUAGCUUUUUUUUUUUUUUUUAAAUAAAUAAAUAAAUUAAUUAAUUUGAUUAUUUUUAUUACCUGUCAAAGGUGAUGAUAAUUGAUAGAAAAAAAAUCGCGCCACAAUCACUGGCGUUUAUUACAAUAUAGAUAAUAAGUAUGAAUGCUCAUUAUCAAAAAAAAAAAAAAAACAUAUUUAUAAAUUUACCCGAUGAAAUAAAAUAUUUUAAAAUCUGUACUAAUUGUCAUGUGCGAUUUAAACCGUCCACAAAAUUCCGUUUUUAAAUUUUUUCUAUUACACGGUUAUUUAUUUGACUUUUUUUUAUUUUGUAAAAAAUGAUACAAGCAUUCGAUUGUAAAUAAUUAAUUAGUAAGUUUGUAAUAACGUCAGUGAAUAGUGGGUGUAAUAUAUAUUCUGAUAAAAAGUAAUUAAUUUACAUCGCAAUUGAUGUUUAUUAAUUUAAAUUAAAUUGAUAAUUCACUUGAACAAUAGUUUGUUUUUUUUUUUUUUUUUAAUUAAAGAAAACAGUGAUUAUAUUAAAUAUAUUCCUUAGACUCAAGUAAUUAAAUAAAGGAAAUUUUGAUUUUUGUCAAUAAAAUAUUGCAUGUAUUUUCAUAAUUAAAGUAAGGAAUAUUUUAAUAUAAAUGUAAUAAAACGGACGAAAUAAAAAUAUUAUCGAUUAAUUAAUUGAUUAAUUAAUUGGUAAGUAAAAAUAGAAAAUAAAAUAAGCGAAGCAGCUGAUAGUAUUGCUCACUAAUUACAAGACUAAUAAAACAAUAAUCCAAAAAUAAACUUAUAGUUAUUUGUUUAAUGUAACAUUGAUAUUUAUCAUUAAAAAAUUAAUUAAAACUCUAAUCUUACAUUUAUAUACAUUUUAAUUACGGAUUUUUAUAAUAAUUAAAAC